AUGGUAAACAUGAAUAGAUCCUAUAGAAAACCGAUAGGGUUACCACUAGAACUGUGUUCGCCGCGUCAAACCCAAAAAGGACUUAGCAAGAAAAAGCACGAUCGUCUCCUCAUGCUUCUGCAAUGGAUACCAGAAGCAUUUCAUGAUUUUCAUAAAAAUAUUCCUGUGCUGGGUCAACAAGGAGAUGAUGACGAUGACGACGAUUGA